AUGGAAGAAAAUAUUCCUCCAGAAGCACUUUCACCACCAAAAGAAGACGAGCAACCAGCUGAAGAAGCUCCACAAACAGAGAAAUUAUCUGCUGAUUCUGAACGUCUUCAGCAGCUCGCUUUAUCAUUAAAUACUGCAAUGCCAACCAGAUCUCUUCCAAAGCAAGAAUACAUACAAGAAACAGUCGUUCCAUUACUUCUUGAAGGAAUCUCAUGGAUUAUUAAAGAACGUCCAGAAGAUCCAGUAGAAAGUCUCGCAAUGUUUUUAAUUAAGAACAAUCCGAUGUCACCAGAACUCCAUCGUAUUGUCGAUCCAGCUGAAUUCGAAUAA